GUCAGUACAGCGGUCCGCUGUUUGAUAGAACGCUGUCUGGAGGCGGAGUGAUCCGCUGGUCAGUACAGCGGUCCGCUGAUUUCUGUUUUCAAAGGAUGGAGAACAUCGAGGACAAUGACGUGUAUUCCACAGACAGUGUCAACAAUAACAAAUAUUCUCCUCAAAGUGAAGCAGAUGCAGAAGAGGAAGCAGCAACAGUUCUUACUAGGUUUCGUCUGUAUUUGGUGGGUUUAGGGAUUUUUGGUGCCCUGAUAGUUGGAACAGUCAUCUACAUGAGUGUGAAGAUGGCUGUCCAAAGCGAAAAUAUCAGUGACCUUACAGCAGAAAGAAAGUUACUGAUUAAGGAAAGAAACAUGAUGGAGGGGCAAAGCCAAGACAAUGGCAAAGGGUGUUACACAUGCCCGGAUGACCGGAUUCUCUUCAGACAAAAAUGCUACCUGUUUUACGACGAACCAGCUCCUUGGAAGACCUGGGAAGAAAGUCGAAAGUUCUGUCAGAAGAAUAGUUCAGAUUUGGUUAUAAUCGAUGAUCUGCAGGAGCAGAAAUUUGUCAGCAAACACAUCAAGUACUACUCUAGUGAACACCACGGAUACUGGAUAGGACUACAACAUGUUAACAACACCUGGACCUGGAUUAGUGGACGUGCAGAUACUCUUGGGUUCUGGGUGAAGGACUUGCCAUCUACUCCGGGAUCAAAAGUUCGCGUGCUCCCAGAAAGAAAUCCCACCAACAGCUGGAAACAAGGACUGGCUGGGCUUCUGAACAAAUUCAUCUGCUUUAUUCAUGAGGCCCCUGAUCCGGAGGACGUGGAGCCAAGUAAUUAGCUGCGGUGGAUCGUGAACAGCUGGGAGGUACGGAGUCGUSCAGUUCUGGUGUCGAGGGCGGAUGACUGAACGUUGGGAAUCGCUUGAGGGCGAGAGGACCACAGCCCUUCUAGCUCAGAUCUGCUUCUUCCUUGUCCUGAAGACUUUUAUUGAUGCCGCUUGUUUAAUCUUAUUUUGCGGACUGUUCUAAGAUUUAGAGCUGAUUGUAUUUUUAAAAAAUAAAUUCAUUGUAAUAAAUUAUUGAAAACUUUGA